AUGUCCCUGUCUGCACCGCACGAGACAUUGAUCCGCCAUCGCUCGCUGUCGCAUCCACGCCCGUCGCCGACACACGUCUUCGCGUAUGGCACCGCCGGAUUUCGAUGCGCGUAAGUCGCCCGCGAGUCGCGUAUCAACGCGUGACAAGUCGCACGCGUGACAAGUAGCUAUGAGCAUUUCAGGCUGACUCUCGAGUCUCUAUGCUUCCAUGUGUGUCCUACCCAUCACGACCGAAUCGUCCGCGGGCAUGCGCACUCGCCGGGAUGUGUUUCGCAUUCCCCCCCCCCACUUGUGGGACGGACUGGGCUGCCUGACCGCUAGUGCCGACUUGCUCGAAUCGGUCGUCUUCCGAGUCGGCCUCCUCGCCGCUCUCAGGUCCAAGAAACUGGGCAAGACAGUCGGAGUCAUGAUUACGGCUAGUCACAACGUGGAAACGGUCAGUCGCUUUGACCUCUAUUCCGAACCGCACUGACCCCUUUGCGAACCGUGUGCAAAUCUUUUUUCCCCGAAAACCACACGACAGGACAAUGGCGUCAAAGUCGUCGACCCACACGGCGAGAUGUUGACUUCAUCAUGGGAAGCCCACGCAACGACGCUCGCUAACGCACGCAACGAAGAACAACUCUACAAAGCCUUGCUCGAUCUCAUCUCGUCCGAAAAGAUCGACUUCAGCAGCUCCGGCCACGUCGUCUUUGGGUACGAUACGAGGCCGUCUUGUCCUGCUUUGGUCAAGGCGUUACAUGAUGGGUUGGAUAGUAUGGUCGUCAGAGAGACGAAUGCGGGAUUGGUCACGACGCCGCAGUUGCACUACCUCGUGAGGUGCUACACCACCGAAGGGACCAAGGAGGCAUACGGCGAACCGACCCUCGACGGGUACUACCACAAGUUGGCCAAGGCCUACGCAACACUUGCUGUGGGUUGGCACUCUGUCUGGAUUAUCUCAUCCCCUCGCCAGUGUUGCUGAUGCAUCCAAUACCUUCAAUAGACGGGCCGACCGCUUCUCCCUGCUCUGACAGUCGACUGCGCCAAUGGCGUCGGAUCCCAAGCCGUCUCCUCCUUCCUUCCCAUCGUCACCCCCUCGAUCCUCCCCUUGAUUCUCGUCAAAACAGCCACCACGACCCGAGGGGCUCUUAACCACGACUGUGGAGCCGACUACGUCAAGAUCCGUCAAACUUCUCCACCGGGGAUUCAAAUGAUCCCUGGUCAACGGUAUUGCUCCUUUGAUGGGGAUGCCGAUCGGAUCGUUUACUACUUUGCCGAUGGGGAAGGGACGUUCCACUUGUUGGAUGGGGAUAAGAUUGCUACUCUGGCGGCCAAGUUCCUGAUCGAUCUGGUGGACAGGGCAGGAUUGCAAGGCGGGGUCAAGGUCGGGGUCGUGCAGACCGCAUAUGCGAACGGGGCUUCGACGGAGUAUUUGACCGAGAUAUUGGUCAGUCCGAUCGACGUGGUUGUGAUCUUUCAGUGGCACCAAAGUCUCAAUUUAUUCUCCUACGCCUACAGAAAGUACCCGUAACCUGCACUCCAACAGGAGUCAAGUACCUUCACCACGCCGCGGAAUCCUACGACAUCGGCGUUUACUUUGAAGCCAACGGGCAUGGCACCGUACUUUUCUCCCCUCGAUGCCUAUCCCUCAUCGAAGCGAGCGCAAUCCCCUCCACCGCCUCCGAAGCAUCCAAGAAUCUAUUCGCCUUGACCCAACUGAUCAACCAAACUGUUGGUGAUGCAUUAUCGGACCUUUUGCUCGUCGAGACCGUCUUGCUUCAUCUUCAAUGGAGUCCCUACGAUUGGGAUGCGUCGUAUACCGAUCUCCCGAAUCGACUUGUCAAAGUUCUCGUUCAGGAUAGGACCAUCUUUGAGACGACGGAUGCGGAGAGGAAAGUUGUCAAACCGGAGGGGUUACAGGCUAAGGUUGAUGAGGUCGUAGGGAAGGUCGAGAAGGGGAGGAGUUUCGUCAGACCUAGUGGGACCGAGGAUUGCGUGAGGGUUUAUGCUGAGGCCAAGACGAGGAAGGACGCCGACGGUAAGUCGUAUUGGGUUUUUUAUUUGUUGAGUAUGAUGCUGACUAGUUGCACGUAUUGGUGACAGAUCUCGCACAAGCGAUCGCUUCGCUCGUCUUUGAUCAGUAUGGUAAAGGGCCCAAGCCGGCGUUGUUCAAGUGA